UCAGCCGGUGCUUCGGAUCGCAUUAACGCUCCGGAAUCAGAGUCCGGCUCAUCGUUGCCCAUUUUGGAGGAUAUUCUACAACAGAUUUGGAAUUUGGCUACACACGAAGACCCGGUUACUCCAAUCAUUAUUGCGCAGACUCGACGGCGUUUGGCCAAACUAUGUCACAAACCGGGACGUGUUUCAGUGGUGGGAGUGCUAAGUGUGGCUGGAGCUGAUGAUCUUUCCAAAGAACUGAUGUCCAUGAACGUCUCGAUCAAUAUGCUUCCAAAAGAAACAGUCGAAGUUGAUUAUCCGGGGAAAAUAAGUGAAUUAACACAGCUGUUCCGGAUGAAUGUGACAAUCUAA